CCCCGCUGCAGUUCUCUCCUCCUGCCGCCAGUGGGCGCUGCUGCCCGGCGCUGUGAGCCAUCUCCGGCUGUAAAUCUAUAAACUUCCUGUAUGAACCUCCGGUGCUUCUCUUCCACCGGUCCGAUUCAACAUGGGACGCGUCAGGACCAAGACCGUAAAGAAGGCCGCCAGGGUCAUCAUUGAGAAGUACUACACACGGCUGGGAAAUGACUUCCACACCAACAAGAGGGUGUGCGAGGAGAUCGCCAUCAUCCCGAGCAAACCUCUGCGCAACAAGAUCGCAGGGUACGUGACACAUCUGAUGAAGCGUAUCCAGCGCGGUCCAGUCAGAGGAAUCUCCAUCAAGCUGCAGGAGGAGGAGAGAGAGAGGAGGGACAACUAUGUCCCAGAGAUUUCUGCUCUGGACCAGGAGCUCAUCGAGGUGGAUCCAGACACAAAGGAAAUGCUCAAGAUGCUGGACUUCGGUGGCCUUUCCAACCUUCAAGUCACUCAGCCAACUAUUGGAAUGAACUUCAAAACACCAAGAGGACUGUAGGAUCAUGUGUAAUAUGCCUCUUAAUAAAGAGAUGAAAUUAUGAAGAA